AUGUCGAGGGAUCAUCGGGACGGUCGUGUCGGACUCACGAUUGGAGGGCCAUACGCGACCGAGGGAACGAGGGAACUCCCCCCGCUUCAAGAACCUCGGGAUGAACGUCCCGCUACGGCUUCGGAGCGCUACUGGCGGAUCUUCAACGACCCGGGCCUGUUGCCCCCCGAAGGGGGCCCCGGCAACCCGUCGCCCGUUUCGUCCGAAGCCUUCUACGACCUCACUCACCAGGUCCAGCUACUCACCGACAUGGUGCAAACCAUUGUCCCCCUUGUUUCUCGCCAAUCGCGGCCCCCGGUUCCCCAACCGUCGUAUCAACAAGGGGCACCCAGCCGAGCUCCCACCCCGCCCCGAGAGCCCCCCACGUCACCUCGGAUGCCCCUAUCUCAGCCCGGGGAACAGGCGAUGCUCUUCCCAGGUCGUACAGAGCUGGAGGCGCUAUCCUCAAGCUCCGCGGAUUCCCUACGCGCUCAGUUGCGCCUCGUCAACCAACGGCUUGACGAUGUGCAAAAGGAGAUCCGUGCCGGGUCGCCAGGGGGGCCCGCGGAAGCCAAGCAUCAGGGAUCGCCGUUUGUUCCAAAGAUACUAGAGCACGCCAUUCCCCCAAGCUUCCGACUUCCCCCCCUAGAUACUUAUGACGGCUCCGCCGACCCGUCCGACCACACGGCGGCCUUCCGGGCCCAGAUGGCAUUAUUCGGAACUUCAGACGCCCUAAUGAGCAGGGCAUUCCCCACCACGUUGAGAGGACCGGCCCUCACAUGGUACGGAGGUUUGAAGACUGCGACGAUCGCCUCAUUUGACCAGCUCACCAAGGACUUCGAGCUCCACUUCAUAGCUUGCGCACGCCCGAAGCCUUCCAUGGCGUUCCUCCUCGGACUCAGCCAGAAAGAGGAUGAGCCCCUCUCCCUUUACGUAAAUCGCUUCGCGGCAAGGGUCCGGGAACUCCCGGAUGCUCACCCUUCGCUGUCAAUGCAGGCGUUCGUGACAGGCUUGCGUCCCUCCCGACUCUUCUGGUCUCUCGUCGAGCGACCCCCUACCUCGGUCCCCGAGAUGCUCCAGCGCGCGAACCAGUUCGUUGAAGUCGAAGCCUGGACGGGGGGAAAGCGACAGGAAUUCAAGAGGGAAAGACCAAAGCCGGCUGAGGGACAGCUCCCUCCCAGACGCAAGCUCCACCAGCCUGAUCCUCCCCCGCUACGACCCCGCCCGCUCCCGACGGGCGCAUCGCGAACAGAGAUCUUUCUCCAGAUCAGGGAAAGGGGACUGCUCAAAACCCCCUACCCGAUGAACAAUCCGCGAGAGCUGGCCGACCGGUCAAAAUACUGCCGCUUCCACCGCCAAAACGGACAUGACACUGAGGAAUGCCGCGAGGUUUUGCGGCAAAUCUAUGAGCUCCGCCGCGAGGGGCGUCUCGACCCGCGCGUACAGACAGGCAGGGACCCCCCGCCCUGCCCGGCCGACCCCCCCGAGCGCCUGAUCAGCGUCAUCACAGGGGGCCCAGCAUCCGGGGGGGACAGCAUGUCCGGAAGGAAAGCCUACGCCCGCGGGGCCAGGAACGAGGGCCCCCGUGGAACCCCCGACCCCCGGGUCGCAUUUCCCCCGGAAGGCGCCGAGCGACAAGAGCACGAUGACGCACUCGUGAUAACAGCCAGAAUCGCCAAUGCCCAGAAGCUUUGGAACCUGUUCGCUCGGACCUCACGGGGUUCACUGGCAACUCGGUCACACCAUUGGGAUCGGUCACACUACCUCUGA